GGCUGUGGCUGUGGCUGUGGCUGUGGCUGUGGCUGUGGCUGUGACCUCACUAUUAUGAGGACCAGAAUGCAUGAAGCCCCCCACAUUAGCGCACCAGCGUUGAAGUCUCCUUCAGUGUGCCGUCAUGGAGAAAUACUUUACUUAUGAUGACUGUGUCCUAUGCAAUCACAGGAGUAAGUCCGCUGGAGCCAGGCCACCAUAUAGGCCUACCACCUUCAAGGCAGAUUCAGGAAGUAGUUUUGUGCCACUGCGCUCGGACAUUGAAAAUGGAGGUGAGGAAAAAGGGAAUACUACCAAUCCGCACAGUGGAACAGCAUCCACAGACCCUCAGUCUGAGGUAUUGAGGAGAAGACGAAAACCAGCACUUGUCAGGUCAAAAACAUUUGAUCCUUCACUUCUGUCACAAGUUCAAAGCGACACAGAGGCAAAACUUGAGAGGAAGAAAUCUCAUUCCAAUCAGUACCACAAACUGUUCAAAGAGCUCAGCAAGGAUGAGCUGCUGAGGCAAAGUUACACUUGUGCAUUACAGAAAGACAUCCUCUACCAAGGUAGACUGUUUGUCUCCGAUAACUGGAUCUGCUUUCACUCUAAAGUGUUUGGCAGAGACACUAAGAUUAUGAUUCCAGUGCUUUCCGUGGCUGUCAUUAAGAAAACCAAAACUGCCAUAUUAGUGCCAAAUGCACUUGUGAUAGCUACAUCAAAUGAACGUCAUGUGUUUGUCUCCUUCAUGGCUCGAGACACCACAUACAAAUUCCUCAUGUCUGUAUGCUACCAUUUGGAGGAGAAGAGUACAGGAAACAGCCCUAUCACCUCUUCAGCGGAGUGCAGCUUCAGAGGGGACCAUGCUGCUACCCUGCCUCUGGAUUUCUGUGCCGACUUCUCUGACCUGGACGGGAAGGUGAGGAAGAGGAGGCAGGAGAUGGAGGACAGCAGCAGCUCUGACUCCCAGUCCCCAGACUGUGAGAAGAUUGCAGAGUACUCAAAGCUUCCCCAGACAUUCCUGAAUGGGACUAAACCAGGAGAGAUGCCGGUUGAACCUGAACCUCUCCCCCAACUCUCGUCUGAGACAGGGGACACCCCCCCAUACAAUGGUGUGCCUGAGACAGGAGAGAUUGCAUACGAGAUCAAACCCCUGAGGCCUGUGUCUCUCAGCUCCCUUCUCAUGGUCUAUCUGUUUCUAGUGUGUGUUUUAGUCUUGUCCUCGUGCUACAUGGCCUUCAGGAUCGUUUCUCUGGAGCAAAGGCUAACCUCCCUUGGCUCUAUGAACGAGCCUCUUGGCAAUGGUUACGACUACCAUGAGGAUAAUGCUGAGGUUUACUCCGUGUUAUCUAUGAAUCUUUUAAAACUGGAAAAGCUCCAGAGAAACCUGCGUCGACUGCUUGAGGAGACCCAGUGAGGUCUGCUGAACCACACCCCCUCUGUGUUAUGGCACAUGGAGAGAAUCUAUGGAUGAUGGAUGGGAAGGCAUUUGUCUAUCUUUGUCAACGCCUGAUGAUGCAUGUAUAUAUAUGUAUAUGUAUAUAUAUACAUGUGUGUGUGUGUUUAAUUCAUGUAUAUUUCAUUCAUUUACAUGUAUAAUUCAUUUAAUAGGAAUGAUCAAGUAUACCAUUUUCACUCUUCAUGUGUCAUUUGCCAGAUGUAUUACUGUUGUUUUCGAAGAAUCUUAUUUCUAGUUUUAAAUAUAUCACCCAUGAUUUGCACUGUCAUAAUCCUUUUGUUUGAAGUGAACUUGGCCCCAUUACCUUCCUAAAGUUCAGAUCAUAGAUUUGUCACCCCUUUCACCAUCUGUGCAUGUCAUUCUUUAUGGCCUGAGUAAUACUAAUGGUGUAACAGAUAAGACCAUGAAGUAAAGAUCAGCUCUCUAGCACACCAAGAGGUCCGGAAGACAAUUGCAUUAAAGGCACUGUGAUAUGGUCUGGAAGAGACAGGACUGCACAUAACUAAUAUCAAGAGUACAUAACAUUCAACUAAGUAAAACUUAAUCCAUUAAUAAGAGAGAAUUUAAGAAGAUCGUUGUCCAGAACUGUGCAGUUUGAAUUUCUUCACACUGAUAGUGAAAUGCAUACUAGGUUUGUAAUCUACACUGUAAAAGUUUAUUUGCUAAAUGUUUUAAUGUGAAAUUACAUGUAUAUAAAAUUGUUUCUUUUUUCCGAA